AUGGAGAAGAAAACGGCAUUUCUUAUGAUAUUGUUGAUGACAAUAUUCCCAGUAUGUCACGCUGAUAAUCUUGAACUUCUUUUGGGUACCCUCCGAACACAUCAAAAAGCUGCUUGUGAUGAAGAAAUGGUAACGCUCAUCUGUCCACGUGGAACCACUAUUAGUAUACAGGUAGCACAGUAUGGAGCAUCUGUGACGCAAGGAUCCUGUUCAUCAGACCUCGCGGAGUACCAGCCUGUUGCAGUCGAAGUCGUAGGGGACACGUCAUGUGUGUGGCCUAAUGCUUUACAGUAUUCAUUGUUACAGACUGUGGUGGAAGCCUGUCAGAAGAAGCGUCAGUGUAAAUUCCAUACGAGCCCUAAAGCGUUUGGGGUCGAUCCUUGCCCAGGUUCAAGAAGGUUCGUCGAGGUUGCGUAUAAGUGCCGUCCUUAUGAAUUCCGAAGCAAAGUUGGUUGUGAAAAUGACGUCCUCCACUUAAGUUGUAAUCCUCACUCGCGAGUGGCCAUCUACUCAGCACAGUACGGCAGAACAGAGUACGACUCUAUACAGUGUCCGCAACCGAGAGGAAUGAAGGAAGAAACCUGCAUGGAGCCAUAUGCGACGGAGACAGCCAUGAGGGAGUGCCACGGUAAAAGGCGAUGUGUUCUAUCAGCAGAUAGUAACAUGUUCGGACGGCCAUGCAGAACAGGCAGCCGAACCUACCUCAAAGUUGUUUACACUUGUGUGCCACGUACGGUGUUAAAGGAGCGUUAUGAAAGUGCCCCUGAAGAGGACGAGGUUGCUCACGAUGUGUCCGAUCUUGACAACGAUGAUGUCGAUGAGACCAAUGAUCGCUGGUGGGGAGAAUCAGCGGUACCUCCAGCGCCAGCCGUAGCAGCAGUUCCUCCACAACGUCCUUCGAUGUCCACCAGCCUGAAUGUGACCAGUAUCAGCAGAGAUGAACCUUCCGCGUCACCACCUAGACAUCACUUGGCUAAAGACGAUGAAUUCGACAUGAUCUACAUCUACAUCAUUGGAGCCGUCACAGUAGCCCUUCUUUUAUGUACUAUUCUCGGAAUAGUACGGUGUGUCAUGCACAAACAAACAGCUGAUCAGCCAAAAGGUCCAGACGUAUCUGCCACAACUGAAAUACCCAAUGGAUUUAACGACAGCAUAUCAGAAGUCGAUAACGACAUCAACAUAACCAGUCUAUCGGGACCCGUCGACUCUGUUGAUUCAGGAAUCAAGCAAGACAUACAGUACACCAACGUUGCUCUUAGCCCCAAAAUCAAUAAGUACGUCGGUCGACCUGUACCGAACACGUACCCACAUGUAAGUACCAAUAUGUACGGACAGGUGGCUGAAUUCCCCAUAGAAAUGCCUCUACGAACUAUGCCACAUGGCACGUUAGGCCGCGGAGUUGCGGUCAAAACUCUGCCAAGAGUUCAAAUACAAACUGAAACUGACCAUAACACUCGGAGUUUAUAUCGAUAUUCCAACGCCCAGUACUACUUCGGGUGA